AGCGUGAGCUGCUGGCUGCAGGACGGCUCGGUGCGGCUGCAGGGAUUGAGAUGACUUUGAGACGCCUGAAGAAGCCGCAUCACAAGGAGGACUACACCUCCCCGCCAGAGCAGGCCAUAUACCGGGAGAGAGACAAGGCUGAGCCCUACAUGGCGCUGAGCAGCUAUAGGAGCGAUGACAUGUACAAGGCUCUGGUGGUCUCCGGCGGGACCCUUCCCAGGGCUAAGAAGGGAUCUCCAGUGGGUUGGAAGAAUGUAAGCCAGGUAUCGGAGCAUCACAGGAAAACAGUCACUUUAGAAAAAGAAGAUUGUGAAACAUUUGGAUUUGAGAUUCAGACGUACGGAUUACAUCACAAGGACAGAAACGCAGUGGAAAUGUUCACGUUUGUCUGUCGGGUACACGAAGGAAGUCCUGCCAUGUUGUGUGGGUUGAAAGUUGGUGAUAUAAUUGCUGGUGUAAAUGGCCUCAACAUGGAAGGAGUCAGGCACAAAGACAUUGUAGAACUGAUUAAAGCGUCUGGGAAUAAAAUCAGGCUGGAGACGGUCUAUGGUUCCGCCAUCCGAAAAGCUGAACUGGAGGCCAGACUACAGUAUUUAAAGCAAACAUUAUAUGAGAAAUGGGAAGAAUAUCGCUCGCUAAUGGUGCAGGAGCAGAGGCUGUUACAUGGCAUCGUUGUAAAGGACCCCAGUGUUUAUGACACCUUGGAAUCCGUCAGGUCAUACAUUUACGGGACAGUUCCACCAUGUACCAAAGAUCCACUCCCCAGUACCCUGGCCACUGGAAGUAUAUGCAGCAGCGCAAGCUGCCUGAGCACAGCCGAGGAUACCGAGGAAGCGGUCUAUCAGACCUGCUACUUCAGCUCCGACUCUACAGAUGAUAUUCACACCGUUCUCAACAAAAGCACAAUCAAGCCUUUCAAGACUCCACUAACUCGCAGCUCGAGUGUGAAGUGUACAAGUCCUGCUACGAACUGGGAGAAGCCCAAGGAGCAGAAUACCUUUGUGUCUUUACCCAGGAAAAAACACAAAAGUUUUCGGAAAAGACUUCUGAAGUUUAUCCCUGGACUAAACAGAUCUUUAGAAGAGGAGGCCAGUCCUCUUUAGCCCCCACCCCCCUUAUAUAAAAAGUUAAGUUAUUUAUUUAUUGUUCUGGAGAAGAGUGAAAAUCUUUGUAUUUGUUUUGUUAGACUUUAUUGUUAAACUUUAUACUAUUUUUUGUUUUUCAUUAAAAUGUUUGCAAAGGU